AUGGUGUCUCGGUAUAGUCACCAAGCCAACGAAGAUUGUCCCAUAAGAUGGAGAACCGACCUGGCUGGUUGUUCCGCACUCCCCAGUGAAAUCCUGGAAUGGCCACUCACGGUGCCAACCACCAACGAUCAAGGCACCCAAACGGAACGGAACGUCGACGAGACGCAAACACAAACGGAGGGCGUACUCUGCCACACUACGCCACCCAAACCUGCUCCCGGACCAUCUACACAGACUGUUCCUAGACCUUCCCCAUCAACAAUGGACGUCGACCCUAUCUCCUCAGACUCAGAGGAAGCAGAAGGCCCCUUCGACCCCUUGAAGGCACCCAAGCGACCUAUCGAAAAAGCCAAUUGGUGGACUGAAGAAGAUUCCUCCAGCCACCAAUCAGAGCGAUACAUCCGACCCAGGAAGCGGAAGAAUUGGAAGAAGCCGUAUGUGAGACCAAGGGAAACGGCCUACAGCCGACCACCCGAACCCACGUGCUUCCUGAACGCCAGAGGGGAACCAGUUCCAGGCCCAUCACGAGGACCAACUCCAAGCCGAGAACGAGGCCCAGAACCAGCUCGAGGUCAAGCACCAGGUCCAGAACCAGCCUAA